UGUGGCAUUUCGAAGCUCUGACAAUCUGCUCCAAAUGUUUUCCAUAUUUGUUCAGCCUCCUUGAUUCAAAUACCAGGAACGACUCAGCCAGCACAAAGCGAAGCUUUGGGGGGCAAAAAAACUCCCACCCCCAUCAGCGCGCGCGCACACACACACGCACGUGAAAACCUAAAGUUCAUCGGCAUGGGAAAGGAGGAGGAGAGGAAACCCCAGCACAGCACGUCCCUGAAUAACCAGAGCCAGUCAGGGAAGGCACCCGAAGGGGAGAAAAGCAGCGGCUCGAGCAAGACGCAGGAGUCCACGAUGAAGAAGAAGAAGAAGCAGAAGAAAACCAAGGGGGAUCCCAAAACUGGCCAGGAGGAGGAAUCCCACACUUGUUGUGGCUGCCGUUUCCCGCUGCUGUUUGCUUUGUUACAGCUGGCAUUAGGCAUCUCUGUAACAGUGCUGGGCUUCCUUAUGGCAGGCAUCAGUUCUUCUCUGCUAGUCAGAGACACUCCAUAUUGGGCUGGGAUAAUUGUCUGUGUGGUGUCAUUAGUGGGAUUUGUUAUGCUGUGUAUUUCGUACCAACCUGAUGAGAAGACGUGCGUACAGUUCACAGUAAAGCUGAUGUAUUUUCUCCUGAGUGCCCUGGGUCUGGUUGCCUGUGUUUUGGCAGUGGCUUUUGCUGCGCACCAUUAUUUGCAGAUGACAAAGUUUACCUGUGAUACCAUCCUCGAGUCCUGCCAAUGCAAGCUGGACACUGAAGACCCCCUCGGUAGGACCUUCGUCUACCAGGACGCAGCUGACUGUGGCAGCCUCACCAGCAUGCUCAACCUGUACUUACUUCUGCAGAUGGUUCUCAAUCUGAUCGCAGCCCUGGUGUGUCUGUCGGCAUGCUUCGUGAUGUGGAAACACAGAUACCAGGUCUUUUAUGUGGGCGUUCGGUUCUACCCUUUAACUCCUACUGAAGGCCAGCAACAGAAAGUGUAGGGUUUGGGCUGGCGGGGGAGGUUGUAGCCAGGGAACGGAAAAUGUCAGCAUACUGCCACCAUAGACACUGUGGAUGGAUGAGUGUUUAUAAGGUUUUUGACAAGGAAGAACAUUCACAUAGUUUUAAUGAAUAUCUUUUUCAAUCAUUUCAUAUGGCUGCUCUUGCAAAACAUCCCUCGUGAGACUAUCUAGAGGUCACAAAGUCCUAAAGAUGCUGCUGUACAAAUACUCACCAAAGAGGUUCUUUAGUAGCCAUAGACAAAAUGAGAGCUUAAAAAAUCAUUGGGAACAACUCAUCUGCAGGGCUACAGCCAUUAUGAAAUCGGGUCCAUUUCCCUCGCUGGUAGAUACCUGUUCUUGCCUUCAGAGAAGCUAUGCCGAUUUCUACCAGAUAAGGAUCUGGUCCAAACUGCUUAAUUAUAAUUAUGCUGAUCAUGCUUAGGGAAUAUAUUGUCUCUUGGAUGCUCUGGGUAUAAUCCAUGCUAACAUGAUGGGGAUUUACAUAUGGAAAAGUAAUAAGGGAGGUCAAGACAUCUUCAAAUGCAGGCUGAGACCAACAGCAAAGUGAAUAUAUUGACAACUGCCAUAUAAAAUAUACAUAAGGCUUUUCAGAGUGACUAAUGAUAUAGGUUACCUAAUCCAAUUACUAACAAACAACAAUAUGAGUGGGUUUACUAAUGGUGAUUUGGUGGGCCCUGCUUGAGACUCCAGACAGAUUUCUGAAGUAUGAGUGCUCGGCAUUUUAUGAGAAAAGAUCAAUUUAAGAAACCUCGAGUUGUGCUCCUGGAGUGGAGGACUCUAAAUCACUAGUCACAUUGAAAACUAUGUUGACAUUGCUGUAAUUGCAGUCUCCCAAACCCGGCGUCUAGCCAGUUCCACCAAUUAUACUCCAAGCACAAAAGGCCAAAUGCAUUUUUGGUGUAACUCCUCUGAAGACAAUCAGCCUUACACACCAGCAGUGGAGUUGGGCCAACAGGCCUGAAAGAUAUAUCCCCGCAACAAUGAAUGUUUUUAAAAUGGGGUGGAGGGAGGGAAGCAAGAAGAGACUGCCAGUCUCCCAAAGACAUCGUUUACAAUAAUGAGGGCAAGAGAUUUCUUAAUAAGCAGCAUAGAGUAACAAACCACAUUCAAACAGUGCUUUUGCACCCUGGAAGUGGCUCUAGAAGUGCUUUAUGUCUUAUUAGCCUUAUACCGAGCCUUAUACCGAGCCAAGCAUGUUGGUUUGUCCUUUAAUCUGUCAUUUCCACUUGCACUUGCACAGGACUUCUAAACGUAGGAGCAAUUUUGAGUCGGCAGCAUUUUGCACUGCCUGCUGAUAGCUGUGCAAGGGCAAGGCAGCUGGUGCUCACGCCCUGCGAUGAGUAGGGAUUUCCUGAUCCCCGCCAGAGCAAGGGUGUUUCUGAGGUGGGGUGGAGCAAUCACAUACCAGAAAACUGUGCCAUCAUCAUUAGCAAGGAGGAAGCAAAUAAAAUUUUUAUAAAUCUUCAAAGAAGAAACAGUUUCUGCAGCAAAAACCCAGUCUGGCAAAAGCUAGUUGUCUAAGUAGCUCUAAUGCUACCCAAAAACUGUCUUCCAUAUGGUGAUCACACAUCAUCCCAGGGCUUGACAAGCAUACCUCCAGGGUCCGAAGAUCACAACAUAUUUAAAUCUUCUCUGGUCCACCUAGGGCACUGCUCCGUGUACGUGCUCAAGUUUUUGUCAUGGAAAGUGCUUCUAGAGUAGACGUAGCGUCACCAAGGUGCUCUCUGCCAAGCUGCAAAGCAAGGAGCUUGAGAAAAUGAAGGUCUUUGAGACCAGCUUCCAAACGGCCUUUUUUAUGCACCUAAAAAUAACAGCCACUAGUAAGCAUGGCUGCAGGGCACGUUUGCAAGGGUGCCCAUUCGCUUGCCCAGAUGUCUCCACCCAUCUGACGUCCUAAGCCUGGCUCCCAGGCAUGCUUGGAGCGAGCCGAGGCAGAGGUGGAGUGCGCGGGUGGCAAUGUGAGACCUGGCCACCGGUACCAGGGGUCCGUCCGUGUAGUGGCAGGAACCAGCUUGUCUCCCCCAACUUUGGUGGUGCAAGCUGCAAGCAGCGCUUAAGGAUCGGUGCCAGGGCUGGCCUCCAGUAGGAGAUGAUGUGCAGAGGUGCCUCUCAUGUGCUGCUUCUACUCAGACAUCGCUUUGCCCCCGCACCCCUUGCAUGACUCCAGCUGUGGAAGGGUAGGGCAGAGGAUAUACCUGCCUUCCACCCACACGACCCUCGCUGCACCCAAAAUGUGGGCUCUCCUCUCCACAAAUAAAAUAACAAGAAGCAGGAGAGGGACCAGGGGAGGCUGAACAACAGCUGAGCUUUGGGGUUUCCUCCUGCUGUGCCCCAACCACUGGCGAAGCAAGGGGAAGGCUCUGCUGGCAGAGCAGGGCAUGCUUCCCACCCUGCCCUUUCCCAAAUUUCCCAUUGUUCAGAAGAUAACUUGGUCUGCAGCGCUGUAGCUUAGGCUGUGCUGUGCGUGGGCUGGCGGCAGCAAGCUGGUGCAGAAGAGGACUGGUGGGUCCCAUCCGAGCAGCAUUUACACCAGAGCUGGGGUUUUGUCUCCUUAAUCCCUUGAACUCCAUCUCAUCCGCAUGUUUUCACUCCCUGUUUCCCAUCAUUUCCUAGGCGCUGGGCUCCUGCAGGCCAGCCCCUGUUAGAUGGGGCUGGUCUCGCGUUGCCUGGCCUCUGCCUACUCACCCCUGGGUUUAAAUUUGCCGGGACUCCUCUAAAGCACGAAAGACAUGGAAGUGAUGAUCACAGGGUCGCUGCAAAUGCCUUCGGUGCGGUGGCAGGGAAGAGAAAGGAGAUGUGGCUAAGAGAGCCUGAGUCGCUUAGCAAGCUGUGCGCCUCCAUAAAUUCUUCACUGUGGGGGUGGCGAGGCACUGGAACCGGUUGCCCAGAGAAGUUGUGGAUGCCCUGUCCUUGGAAGUGUUCAAGGUUGGAUGGGGCUUUGAGCAGCCUGGUCUAGUGGGAGGUGUCCCUGCCCAUGGCAGAGGGGCUGGGACUAGAUGAUCUUUAAGGUCCCUUCCAGCUCUAACCAUUCUGUGAUCCUAUAACAGCACAGCCACUGCUUCGAGCCACUGCCCCCGAGUUCGGUUCACUAAUCAGCACAUUGCAGCUUAACCCUUUCCUCUGGAAGAAAGAAAUAUUCAUCAUAUAUUCUGUUGGUGUUUUAAUGCUUAAUGAAUAAAUAUGGGGCAUUUUCAUCUAGCAAAGAGUAACUUCUGUAUUUCUUCUUUAUAUAUGCCAAGAACAUAAAAUCCAAAUGGGAGAGAUGGAGGAAAUGGACAGGGUAGCGUUUGUAACUGGUUUCCCCCUGGGUAUGGUUUUACAACAAGUAUUUUGCUCGGAUCAAGAAUUUCGGGAAGUACUAAUUAAAGGAUUUUCAAGUACCAUAGCAUAUUCAGACAGCUCCCAGCCGUUUCCUGGUGUCACGAGUCCACACGGACUGCACCAGGAGAAAGAAUGGGACUAAAAGGCUCAGAAAGGACAGAGGUGCUGAAGAACAUUUUUUUUUUUUUUUUUUUUUAAGUCCUGGAAAUUUAUUCUCUGUGUGAAUUCCGCAGAAAGGGGUAGGAAACUGCUAUGGACACACAGAAAUUGCAAAGGGCUCUAUGUAAUUUACUCUCACAAACCCAGGUGUGAUUCUCAUUUGCACCCUGGCCACUUUACACUGUUUUCACAGUGUAAAGGGUUUCUAAAGAUGGCAUCAAUCAUUUUUACACCUACUUUAUGGCCAUUUUACGCAGCUAAAAGGGCCCUUUGUGUAAAUGAGAACUCAUGCCCUAGAGAACUUAAUAGAGAGGAGAUCCUUUCUAUAGACUGUGCUAGACCCUCUAAUAGGGUCUAUUACUGGGAUAUAACUCUCCAUUGGAUUUUAUAGUUUGGCUUAAAGAUCAUCAGUCUCGAUUAAAUUCAGUUCUGCAAAACUUUUCCAAAGGCUGUAACCCCCCCGGUGACAUGGCUGUGAGCACGCGCAGGCAGUGAUGGUGUUGCAUGGAUAACUGCUUGUUUUUUAAAAGGAGAAGCAGCAGCAGCUACCGCUUUCCUCUGGCUCUGAGGCACGUUGAUGUUGUGCUAUGCAAAUACCGGAGCGACAAUAACGGCAGCGAAAAGGGAACCGAGACGCGGCGCCUUACAUGGAGCCAAAAUGUCACAUUCUCAACCCAACCAGGCGCCGAGGUGGCACCCGCUCCCGAAGCAGGGGGAGGGCUGCACUUUGCGCCCCUCUCCCUCCCCUGCUGCUGCUGCUGGAAGGACAGGGGCCAGAGGGCCACAGGGAAGCACCUCUGGUGGGCAGCAGGGAAGUGCCACGCCGGCCCCCAGCCGCAUGACGGGGUUGCCACCAGCCCACUCCUCCCGCCGCCACCUUUACGUGACGGCCAUCUGCUCCUCGCCAGCCCGGCCGGCUCUGCGUGGGCACCACUUGGAGCUUUGCCUAAAAAGCAGCUCUGCGCAAGAGCACUGGAAAUCGUAAUCAACUCACAGGACUAUUUUUUUUUUCCCUUUUUUUUUUUUUUUUUUUAAUUUUUCAUGCUGGUAGCCAGCGCGAUAUUUGCUUUGGGGGCCUUUUGAAACAGAAAGCACGCUGCUAGCGUGUGAGAGAAGCCGCAGUUCAGGUCCUCUAUAUUUAGAAAGCCAGGAUGUCAUACCUCCCCUUGAAAUUUUCAUAGUCCCCUGCACCCCACCCACCCACACACGUACACAUGCUUGCGUCUGGAAAAUGUUUUUCGGUCUUAGCAAAGGGUGUUGGCUUAGGGGGAUUCAAGGGAGGUGCAGAGGAACAACAGCAGCUCAGUCCCGAGCCCAAAGCUCGAAGCCUCCUUAAGGCAACCGGGCAGCGCGGCAGGCAGCGGGGACCCACCGCUCCUGGCCAGACUCAGGCAGCUGAACUGGAGGAUCCCUCUCCUUGUUGGCCUGUAACAUAAAUCCCAAGGCAGGGCCAAGUUUUUCUGAGACGUAUGGAAGCCCUGUGCCAUGCCAUGUCAGGCAGCGCUGUACCCUCAGCCGACAGCGUCUUCUUGAGCUCGUUUCUAGGUGGCUGCGCGCGGACUGUAGCACCUGUAGCAAAGGCUUCAGGAAGAUGCAUUUUGGUGCUAGCUCAUCUCAGAUCCCUGCAAUUCCCCCCCGCCCCGGGAUUUUUGCUCUCUUCUCCACUGCUGCCUCCUGUAAUCACUAAUCAGUAGCAUUUAGCCACUGCUAAAUUGGCUCUGUAGUCAAAUAUUUUCGAUUGCAUCUACAAAGACAUUUUUCUUUUGGUUUUGGUACCUGGUUUCUGUGCCUUUGUCCAAGCGAACAGUUGAAAGGCUUAUCUAAAUUUCAAACUUAUUGAGGGGGACUGGGAAUUUAUUUUUUCUUUUAUGUGUUCAUUUUUGUUUUGUUUUUUUUAUGAAGAUAUGAGCAAUGCAUAUUUCAUUUGUUAUCAUAAUGCUUUCCCCCUCCACAAAGCCAUCUUUGCAUUAGAGCGUAGCCAUUAAGGCCCGCUGACAGUGACUCAGUGCAGAGAGAGCGCAGAGCUGAGAGCCACCAAAGCCCACAAAUGACUCCUUGUUUCACCUGGGUGCACCCGCGUAUUCCUGCCUGGCAUGGGCGUCUGAGAGCCAGCUGCCGAACGCAAGCAGGAGCCCAGCCUGAGCGGGGAGAAUAAUCUGCAGAGGGCGAUUUGAAUACACGCCUCUCCUUCAGUCAGAUGUAUUAUGAAUGACAAGUGCUGGGCUGACCUCAAGUUAUGGGAGACAUAGAGAGUGACACUGAUUAAGGCAGCCUUUGGCAUUAAGAGCCCUGGUUGUCCUGGAAAUGAGGUAUUUGAGCACGGCAGGCUGGUAACCCCAUUUCACCCCCUGUGGCCGUGUAAAGAGAACCGUGUUUUUAAAUGGCCCAAAGCUGGGUGAAGGGGGAUUGCUUCUUACUUCAGUGCAAGAUUUCUCUUUCACCAAAACUACGACGAGAGGAAGCCUUUGCCUGAUCUGCUCUCCGUUGGGCUGGCUGGGAGCAUCGCUGCUGGACCUGGAACCACAUGCAUGCCAAAGGGUGUGCAAUUCACUCUCACAUCUUUUUUUUGGACAUUUUCUUCCAGCCCCGCGACUGCCAGUGCUGGCACAGAGAGGGUAGGGGCAGCCGGUGGCCCAGAUCCGUAAUGCACCCGAGUCAACCAAGCCCUGCAGCAAUCCCCAUUUAUGCUGAUUUUUAUACAGGGAUUUGGUGGGAGAGUUUAGGGAACAAUCACCAUGAAAAUAAUAGAAAACAGACAUUUACACUUUCUCUUCCACCUUGCAAGACCAAGCAGGCGAGCAGCACGCACGCAAGGGGAACCAAGGGGAGCUGAUGGAAAAGUGAAAUCCUCCCGUCCCGAUUCACUGCCCGAGCCUGCCAAGGCGCUGAGAAAAAGUGAUACAGUACAGAAAAUAAACCACCAUAGAUUGGGCACCCUGAGCGCUUUGGGUUUUCAUGAUCCAAGGUGCUGUUAGGUCAGGAGCAUGAAAAAGAGUAUAUUUGUAUGGGCUCUUCCCUGCUGGUCCGAGUCUCCCAAACCCAGCCAGCCAGGGUUUUUGCUGACUGACAGACUUUGCUGUCGCCACAGGAAUUAAAUUUUGCAGCCUAACUGGGCUGGGGGGGAACGGGGAAGGGCAGUUUACGGGCUGCACUCAUAUAUCCAUAUAUAUUCUGUUAAGGCCACUCUUUUCAGAUUCAGCAUUUUUUUCUUGCGUACAAAAGGAAAUGCUAGGAUCUCGGCUCACAAAAGCCGGCGCUUCUGAAUUAACAGGAGCUACAUCUCCACUUUAUUUCUAAUAAAACUUUUCUCACUCGCUCCACCUGGGUUUCA